AUGAUUUGGACCCUUUUUCCUUACGGUUCCCGUGUCAUCGCUAAUCCAUUCAAAAACUCCCCGCAAGUGUUUCAUGUUCAGCAACAUUCCAAAGAGGAGUCUACAUUGGGAUCUAACACAAAUUUCGUGCUAAUAUGCUGGACAUAUGACUGGGAUGGUAGCGGUCUGGUUAGACAUGUGUUUGAUUUCAGAAUCCCAAAAUAUGAGGGAUUCAAAUCAAUCCCAGAGCUACCUUGCUGUCCUAUUAAAUUGUAUUGUCAGGAUGGAGUUAGUGGCAGAGACCUUGAACAGACUUUAACCGAGAGGGGAAAGCUAUUUCGACAACGCUGCAUUCCCAACCAUAUGGUUGCACAACCAGUUUAUAGAACUGACUCAUUCGUUUUAUUCCCAAAAACAUCGGGUGAGCUAUUUCCAAGCAGUGAUUCUCAAGGCGAUAUUGAAUUCAGCGACUCGGAUGCUUUCUCAAUGUCUGUCAUUCUCGACUCGACUCUCUGCAAGCUUCACUCAACAGGAAUUCAUUCAAUGGGCAAAUUCCACCCAAACUCCUUUGGAAGACUCAUUUCAGUGCCAAGGGCACAUUGCAAAUGCCAACUAUGCGAUAAUGAUGGGCAAUAUUCAUUAUUUGAAGAGUCUUUCAGGGGCCCCGGCGGCGAUGAUUCAAUCGCAAAUGAAAUGUCUAUGCUUCUACCCCCGCGUCUUCACGCUUUCGUUCUCGACGUCAAAAAAUGGGCACAGGUGCUUGUGAAUAAUUUAAAAGAGACAAAUGAUAUUAACAACGAGGAAGGCUGGAAGAAAUUAGCACUGGACGACGAUCACAAGAGAAAUAUCAGAGCUAUGGUGACCUCACAUUUUGACCGCGAGAGGCGUAAGAUUGCGAAGGAUGACGGUGGACGGGACAUUCACGAUUUCACUCAUGGAAAAGGAGAAGGCUUAGUCAUUUUCCUUCAUGGGGUCCCUGGGGUGGGGAAAACAAUGACUGCAGAAACCCUUUCUCUGGCUUUAAAACGACCCCUUCUCAGAAUUGAUGCUUCGGACUUGGAACACAAAAAUCCAAACCAGGUUAGUGAAGUUUUUAAAAGGCGGUUUGAAAUGUCUUCUUCAUGGGGAGCCCUGCUUCUUCUUGACGAGGCAGAUGUCUUUCUACAAGAUCGCAAGCGCAGUGAAAUUGACCAAAACGCUCUUGUAUCCGUCCUUCUUCGGGAGCUUGAGUAUUUCCGUGGAGUGCUUAUCAUGACAACCAACCGCCCAGUCACCAUGGACCCUGCCGUUAGGUCCCGUAUUCAUUAUGCUGUCAGAUAUAAAGAGUUAAAUGAGGUAAACAUUGGAAAAGUCUGGAAUACAUUCUUCGAUCAGCUCAAUGACACAAAUUGUGUUCCUGGAGAAAGGGAGAAUAUCAGGAAAUGGUUUGAGGAUGGAGGAGCCAGGACGUUGGCUCGGAGCAAGUUCACCGGUAGAGACGUUAGAAAUCUCUUCAUAGGUGCACAGCUUUUGAGCUAUCCAAUGAUCACAAGAAACAACAUCAAAAAAGUCCGUCAAUCAAUUUGUGACUUCACUGCCGAUAUGGCGAAGGUGUAUCAUCCCAAGAUACAGAAGAACACUGCAGCUGGAGAUGAUUCGGACUGA